GUUAUAAGAAUAUGAGGAGGGAUUUGUUAAGCCACACAGGGGCCGUGUUAAAACACGUAUUAACUCGCCUUCCUUCCUAGUCGCGGGUUUAGAUCACGCACGACUUCGUAAAAAGAACAGCAAUGAGUAAUACUGUAAAUCAUACAGUACAUAUACCUCUAGUCACUCACCAAAGAUAAGCUCGACUGCACAAAAGAUUCUACCAAUUUUAUAUACUGUGCUCCAUCCGUAGACAAACCCACCAGUACACAGACGAGGUAUUCUCAUAAUUUAUGGUUAUAUUAUUGGCUAACACGAGUACGAAAGUUUUUGAAAAGUGUAAACGACAACUUUUACGCUUUAACAGUGACCACGUGGUAGUUUUUUAUCGAUUACAUAAUUGCUUAUUAUGCCGAAUUGAAAGUUAAAUUACAGAAAUAUUGUGGAAUAAAAGAAAAUGGCCACAGAUAUAAAAUCUGAAAUUGGUUAUUUGAACCAAACAUUAGAUGAAUGUGAUCCAGAAUUGUUUGAAAUUAUCCAGAAGGAGAAGAAAAGGCAAACAAGAGGUUUAGAGAUGAUUGCAUCUGAAAACUUUACCAGUAGAGCUGUCCUUCAUUCUCUCAGUACUUGUUUGCAUAACAAAUAUUCUGAAGGUUAUCCUGGUUUUCGGUAUUAUGGUGGAAAUGAGUUUAUUGAUGAAGUAGAAAGAUUGUGUCAGAAAAGAGCUCUUGAAGCCUUUGAUCUAGAUCCAUCAUUAUGGGGAGUUAAUGUUCAGCCAUAUUCGGGGUCACCUGCAAACUUUGCUGUCUAUACUGGAAUUGUUGAACCUCAUGGAAGAAUUAUGGGAUUAGAUCUUCCAGAUGGUGGUCAUUUAACACAUGGCUAUAUGACUGAAAAGAAACGUAUAUCUGCCACUUCAAUUUUUUUUGAAUCAAUGCCGUAUAAAGUUGAUCCAGCAACUGGUCUGAUUGAUUAUGACAAAUUACAAUUAAAUUCAAAACUCUUUAAACCAAAAUUAAUUAUCGCAGGAGUAAGCUGUUAUCCUCGAGAUUUAGAUUAUAAACGAUUUAGAAAAAUAGCAGAUGAAGUCGGUGCUUAUCUCAUGGCUGAUAUGGCUCACGUUAGUGGUCUGGUAGCCACAAAGUUGGCACCCAAUCCAUUUGAAUAUUGUGAUGUUGUGACAACAACAACGCACAAAACAUUACGUGGACCAAGAGCAGGAAUAAUAUUUUACAGAAAAGGUGUUCGGUCUGUAAAUAAACUUGGCGAAAAAGAAAUGUAUAAUUUGGAAGAAAAAAUUAAUCAAGCUGUAUUUCCUGGACUGCAAGGUGGACCACACAACAAUACUAUUGCUGGUAUUGCUACUGCUCUCAAACAAGUUCGGAUGCCCGAAUUCUAUUCUUAUCAGAAACAAGUUGUAGCAAAUGCAAAAACACUUGCUCGACUUUUACAAGAAAAAGGCUACAAAUGCAUCUCAGGUGGCACAGAUAAUCAUAUAGUUUGGGUUGAUCUUCGAUCAAAGGGAAUAAAUGGUUCACGUGCAGAAAGAGUUUUGGAAGACAUAUCCAUUGCUUGCAAUAAAAAUACUGUACCUGGGGAUAAGAAUGCUUUUAAUCCCAGUGGAAUUAGAUUGGGAACGCCUGCUCUUACCACUAGAGGCUUAAAAGAAUCUGAUAUCGAACAAGUGGUUGAUUUCAUUGAUAGAGGUUUAGAUAUAGCUGUUGAAGUAAAAGCUGCAAGUGGUCCUACACUGAAAGAAUUUAAAGCAAAACUUGAAGAAAAUAAAUUUCAAGAGAAAUUGAAAAUGUUAAGAGAAGAAGUUGAAAAUUUUGCAAUGAAAUUUCCUCUUCCUGGCUAUGAAGAUUUUUAAUUCUUUUUCACAUUCCAUACAUGAAAAUUACCUAUCAAUAUUUGGAUCCAAUUUUUAUAAAUUUUGUUAAUUUUAAUUUGAAAUGUAAAUGAAUUAUAUUAUGUUUUAUAUGAAUAAUAUUUUUAUAUCAAAUCAAAUAGUUUUAAUAAAACAUAUUUGUUAUUGUGUUUUAUACAUUUUAACUAAAACAUCAAAUAUUUUGAUUAUGUAAUUAAUCAAAUUUUAAUGGAUACUUUUUAUAUGUCUGGUUGAAAUUAUAAUUUGACUUCUACUAAUGGUAUUAAGAGUUUAUAUAUAUAUCAACUCUUAAUACCAUUAGUCAAAAUGAUUUGUAUAUUAAGUAAUUAAAGAUUCUUUGAAGUUAUA